AUGAUUAUGCACAUCGAGGAGCCGUCGCUGGAUAUCAUACGCGCUAUCCAGAUCAUUGCCAUGAAUGAGGCGUGUGUGGGGCACUUCAUGUCGUACAAUACGCUGAUGUGCACUGUCGCCAGCAUGAUAGUGCGGCUCGGCUGGCAUGAGAUGGACUUGUACCGGACGCUGAAGCCAAAGACGUGGGAGGGGUGGGUGGAGGCAGAGACCAAGCGCCGUGUGUUCUGGCUUGUAUACCAAUCGGACUACUAUCUGGCGCUCAUGUCGGGCAGGCCGGCCAUGAUCCCUGAGAACAUGGUGUACGUGCGUGCUCCAUGCGCUGACUCCGAGUGGGAUGAGUUCAACUUUUCGCUGGUUACCAAGACGCCGGAGUCGAGAGACCCGCCGAUGGCCAGCACCGAGCCACGAGCAGCGUCAGCACCCACAGCCGGCGCCACGGCUCGUGAUCGCGAUAGCGACAACGAUGAUAGUGGCAGCGACAUCGGCGAAUUCACAUUUGAGCAGCAGUGGAUCUGGAGCAACUCCGACGACAGCUCAUCGCCGCAAACAGUCCGCCGCAUAGUGGUGUCUGGGGCUGUCUCGCAGUCAUUCACGCUCCUGAACGGCCUGGCAACAAUCAACGGGCGCGUUGGCAGGUUCCUCUGCGAUGCCAAAGCUGCGCGCUACGACCAGCAGGAACUCGGCGCCCUGAACCGGCCGUUCCCCGCAGUCGACUUUUUCGAGACCACAGACACGGGGCAUCUCGUGUACUCGGUCCAGCGCCGCGUCAAGGUUAUCUCCGAGUACGCUGAGUUCCACAAGUAUGCGGCAGAGCUGCAAAAGUGGCUCGAUAGCUUGCAGCCAGCGGAGAAGUUCCGCGACGGCUCGCUCAAGGCCGACGACGUGCAGUACUUUGGCAACGCAAACCACCGGGCAUUUGUCCUCCGGGUGCGCUACUUUUGCCUGCGCUGCUACGCAUACUCGUCGAUGAUCAUCCUGCACUCGUCGAACCGUCGGUCAUUCUUUGCAGAGUUUGAGGUGCCGCUGGAGGUCUGCCAAGAAGCAGUCGAGGCUGGCGAGCUGGAGAUGGAUGCAACGGAGCUGCUGCUGAGGCAGAUCAUGUCGUCCGCAUUCGGCAGGGUCUGGAGCCAGGGGCUGCUGGCAUACGACAUCGAGCCAGAGUCGUGGAAAGUAUGCGUUGAGUGCGCCCAUGGGCUCUCGGACCAUCUGAGACGCAACGACGACAUGCCAUUUACUCGCUUCGACCUCGUUUUGCCGUUUGCUGUGUUUACGCUGACCACCGUGCUGCUGCGCCAGAUCCGUCUGUGUAAGAUUGCCAUUGGGAAGCGCGACGAGAGCCAAAUGUCGCUGAGCGAGUGGCAGGCGGAGCUGGAAUCGCUCGACCCUGGAUGUCGAGCACCAAUGGAAGGUCAUGCAGGGGCUGGGCACCGUGUGGAAUGUCGAGGGCAUGGUCGACUCUGCUCAAGUUUAUGA